AUGACGCCCUACAUGACAGAGUUCACAGAUCUGAGGCUGGUGAGCAGCAGUGACUGUGCUGGGCGCCUGGAGGUUUUCUACAAUGGGACGUGGGGCAGUGUUUGCUCCAAUCAGAUGACUGGCGUCACCCCGACAAUUGAAUGCAAACAGCUGAACUGUGGAGAUGGAGUGCUAACUGCAGGAGAAUUUCUACGUGGGGAAGGUUCUGGUCCCACAUGGCUGGAUCAUGUUAAGUGCACUGAGCAGCACAGUUCCCUUUGUCAGUGUCCCUCAGGCCCAUGGAAAUGGCAGUCAUGUGAUUACCGAUCAGAAGAGACCCAUAUUAUUUGCAAUGGUUCUUCAAAUGGUGUGAUGAAGACAACAGCUUCACUGAUUAGAAGAGAGGCUCCUGCACUGCCUGGAGAUGUCACACAGGAGGAUUAUGAUGAUGUCAAAGAAGUUUCUGAUCCCAAUGAUGACCACGGCCCUGGGCAGUGUGCCCGGGAAGUCACUGGAGCUCCAGGAGAGAGUGACAGGAACAGGGAUUCACAGACAGAUUGGAGUCUGCACUUGCUAAGAAGUGAAGAGGUCUCUGAAGCUGAGAGAAAUGCCCUGUCCCUGCUUCCUGGAGACCCAGGUUAUGAUGAUGUUGAAGAUGGGGGUCUCUGGGACAUCACUAUAAGAAUGCUGAGUUCAGAUCAAAUGUCCUGUGAGGACAUAAAUGUUGUAUGAUUGGGCUAUUCUUCUCUCAAAUGCUUUCUGGGCCAUCGGGGCAUCAGAAACAAUCCCUACCUGGGAACUAGUUCAUACAGCUUUUAUAUUGGAGUUUUGUCCGCUGGCAAGAAAUAUGUGUGACUGAGACAGGGUCUGUGGUUUCCCCUGUAAUUCCCCAUUGAUCAGACUGUCUGGAACUGUCUUGCUUUUUUAUUCCUGCUGUUUUAUUUCUAACAUUUCUUCCCUGUGAAUUUUUAUUUUUUCUUAGUAAACAAUUUUUGAAAGACUGUUCCAGGGCUGAUGCUUCUCUGACGAGGUGUAUUGGGCAGCUCCCUGAGACCAUUGGGGGAAAGAUUGAGACUGAACCACCAAAAAAUUAUAAUGGUAAAAUGUCACCCCUCGGGUAUUGCAGGCUUUUGGACAGGGUGUUGCAUUGAGAAUGAACAUUCUGCCAGGUGUGUGGUAAUGGCGAGACACCUAGCAACAGAAUAUUCCUCACUCCAGAGAUAGCCCUAACCCCCAAUCCAGACUUUCCUUUGAAAUUCAGGAAGAUAAAUAGGAUGCUAUUUACAGGUAUC